AUGGUCAAACGCGCCAAAUCGCCCGACGCAACGGACGAUGUUCGAUAUAUGACGGUGUAUCAGCCCUACCCGAUGAACGCCAACUGGGAGCUUCCCAGCGACGUUAUCGCCUUUGCGUUUUGGAUCGCAGGGUGUAUUGGCGUCGAGCCACUGUUGGGGUUACACUACAAGCCCAAGGCGAGUCGGCGAGCGGCACAGAAAGACGGAUGGAAGCGCAUACACGUAGAAAGCCACUGGUUCAAAGAUUGGAGCCCGAAUAACGGCGUCAUCCACAAACCCUACCCAACCACACACUGGUGCCCCGUCCCACCCGAAGACAAAACCAACAAACCCCUCUGUCGGAGAGGUGGCAUUUACAAGGCUCGAAUGGCGACCACCCACAAUCCUACACGCAAGCACACCUCCACCUACCCUUCCUAUCCCCCGCCUCAUCAUCGUCCCUUUCGCCCCCCUCCUCUCCCACAACUCACCCUUACCGCACGCACACCCUCCACCCACGAAAACGCACACCCACUGCACACCUCCGCACACUCAUCGGCGUCGUCUCUCCAGAACUAUUCGACGCGUCGUCAUCCAGGCAUGACAGUCUGGGAAGCCGUCGUUACGGGCUUUGGAGGGGUUUUUUUCCCGCUUAGAGGGAGCGAGAGGCACUUGGCCCACGAGCCUGUCAGAGACGAAAACACAAUUCGCAGCGCGCGAGCAGCGUAUCGUCCUCCUCAUGCGUGCUUUGGUAUCCCGGCCCCCGUUGGUGCUUCUCGACGAGGUGGUGUUAGAGAGGGACAGGCGGUUGUUGUGAUUACGCAUUGGGAUGAGGAGGUUCCGUGGGGCGGUGAGGGGGUUAGGCCGUUUAGGAUUUGGGAGGGGGUGGGGGGCGUUGUUGCUGGAUGA